UCGGCCCGACGACAUCGACCGGAGUCACCUGCGGAUACACGUGCGGUUUCAGGAUAGCCUACGAUCAGGCAGGGUCAUAGCGACCGAAACGAUCACAACCGCUGUGAAUCACGAGAUAAUCGCGAUCGCUUCUCGACGACCGGCCGACAAUCUCGAUUCUUAUCCGCGCGUUUGUCCUCGCCUCGCGCAUUGCGAAUCGCUCUCGACGACACGUGUCUCGCGACAGUUAUGUGCACAGCGCGGCGAGAAGGAGGGUGAAGUGUUCAGAUACAUAUUUGUAAGUGAGACCAAGACAGAGAAGAGGAGUUCGUAAUCAGAAUCGCGGUGGGCGCUCGAUCGGUUCCUCGAUGCGCUUUUUGUCAGAGGGUGAUAGUAGCACGUGGUGGAAACUUGACGAUCUCUGACAAGAGUCCUGCGCCGGAUACAGGGAGUUACGUUUGUCAGUUAGCGAGUGAGAAGCGAGUGAGAUCCAUUCUUAACGAGUGCGCUCGCCAAAGUCGCCGACGACGAGGACCAUGAAGAAAUCCUACUUCGUCUUCAUAAGCCUGCUGGGCCUCGUCGUGAGUGACAACAGCACAAUCGGCGAUCACUCAAUCACAGAGGACGCUUCAGAAAUCACCAACAAUGGCAACAAUUACGCGACCGACGUCGUAGAUCAGAGUGCUGGCUGGGGAGAAUGGUCACCAUGGUCGAAGUGGUCGCCAUGCACGAGGACGUGCGGUGGCGGAAUCUCACGGCAGCAGCGUCGAUGCAGGCGUAAACCGUGUAAAGGGAGAGUCUGGACUACCAAGUAUAAAAUUUGCAAUCCUGAGCCCUGCGAGAAAAGCGGCGAUUUUCGUGCGGCACAAUGCGCUGCCUUCGACAAUGUGCCAUACAGUGGACAACUGCUCAAAUGGUAUCCCCAUUACGACCCGGCUAGGCCGUGCGCUUUGAUCUGCCGUGGUGAGCAAACCCUCGAGAACGGCAUUAGACGGUCGCGGCAGGAAGUGUCGUCGGAUGAGAAGACGGUGCCGCAUGAUGUCACCGACAGUCUGCAAUUCGACAGCGACGAAACGAUAGUGGUGCAGCUAGCGGACAAGGUGGAGGAUGGCACGAGAUGUUACGCGGAGGGCAUGGACGUCUGCAUAGGCGGCGAGUGCAUGAAGGUUGGCUGCGACCUUAGAGUGGGUAGCAACAAGAACACAGAUGCGUGUGGCGUUUGCGGAGGGAAUGGAUCAAGCUGUCAAUCGCGAUACUCCUGGAGUUUGGAAUCGAUAUCCGGCUGUUCCAAGGCUUGCGAUGGAGGUUUCAAAGUAGCGAUAGCGGUGUGCAAAUCGGUCGGCUCAGACGAGAGUGUCGUGGAGGACAGCUAUUGCGAUGCAAAGAGCAGACCAGAAAAGACCCGAAUGCCGUGCAACACGCACCCCUGCACAACGAAAUGGGUGAGCGGAGAAUGGAGCGCGUGCAGUGCGAGCUGCGGCGGCGGAUCGCGAACGAGGUCCGUGUUCUGCACCGAGGAGAAUGGGAACGAAACCACGAAGUUACCCGACCACAAGUGCAUCGGCACGCACAAACCGCGCACUCAGGAAACCUGCAACACCGUGUCCUGCCCGAUGUGGGAAACCGAUAAAUGGAGCGAGUGCUCCGUGACCUGUGGCACCGGAAUACGGACGAGGACGAUCGAAUGCAGAGACGGUGUUGGUGCCAUCUCCAGGGACUGCGACCCUGCGGAACGUCCUCGUACCGAACAGGAAUGCAAGACGAACGUCGUCUGUUCCACAUAUGGAGACGGCAUGACGCAGCCUCUGGUGCAGCCAUAUCCGCUAUCCCCGGUGUCAGAGAAGUUGAUGGACCAGCCGAUACCUUCUGAAUCGACGUUUAUCGCUGAGGAAUGGUCCCCCUGCAGCGUCACCUGCGGCGAGGGCGUCAGGCACAGGGAGGUGCGCUGCAAGAUAUACCUCGAGUUUAGCCAAACGAUCGCCAAGUUGCCGGAUAACCAAUGCUCCGGUCCGAAACCCGUCGAGACGGAGAAGUGCACUAUGGAGCCGUGCGGCUUGCUGGAAAACAGUCUCUACAGGAUCGACACGGUCGGCGACAGCGGAUAUGCCGAGUCGAGUUUGACGGACAUGUACAGUAGUAGAUCAUCGUCGGGGAGUUCCGGCGGAAGUGACUACGACGGCAGCAUCAAGGUCGCCCCGGGUAGCGACGUACAGACUACGUACUCGUGGAAGGAAGGCGGUUACACCUCCUGCAGCGCUACUUGCUUAGGAGGUGUUCAGGAUCUUAUUAUAAACUGCGUUCGCGAUGAUACUGGGAAAACCGUGAUGCCACUUUUAUGCUCCACGGAGACGAAACCGGAAGCGAGAGUACGAGUCUGUAACGAUCAUCCGUGUCCUCCCAGGUGGAAUUAUAGCGAAUUCUCCACUUGCAUGAGCCCCUGCGGUAUUGGUAUACAGACACGUGAUGUUACCUGUAUUCACGAAGUGACACAAGGCACCGGCAAGGCAGUGCCCGUUCCAAGUUCAAUGUGUCCGCAACCGCCCCCCGCCGACAGACGAUACUGCAAUGUCUGGGAUUGCCCUGUCAAGUGGAGCACGGGGGAAUGGGGGAAGUGCUCAAAAACAUGCGGCGGUGGUGUGAAGAAGCGACAGGUGAUCUGCGAGCAAAUAAUGGCACAAGGUCGCAAGCAGAAUCGCGAAGAACGCGAAUGUCCGCUUCAAAAGCCAGCCAGCGAGAAACCUUGCAACACCAGAGCCUGUCACGAUUCGGAUUUAAGCGUGCCGCCGAUAAUCACUAGUUUGAACACGGUAUACAAUCAAACGGACAUCAAUGCGAAGGUGGACUUGAAAAUCGGCGGACUCGCUAGGAUUUUUCAAGGGACACCUUCUAUCAAGAUUCGCUGUCCGGUUAGAAAGUUCGACAAAGCGCAGAUUAUAUGGACGAAGGACAACAAGGAAAUACGAAAAUCAAGAAAAUACAAGAUCAGCAGGAAGGGAGCUUUGAAGAUAAUCGAUAUAGCCGCCUCGGAUUCGGGAGUCUAUGCCUGUAUUGCGGGAAACUCGCACGCAGAGACGCAGUUGGUGGUAAAAUUUCGCUCCAAAGAGCAGAUAAGUAGCGAGGAAUAUUUACGACUCGGCAAUUCCGUUCACCUACAACGAAACGCGAAUCUCGAUUCUGCGCCAGCAAAUUCGGGCGAAAGCCCUUACACUGAUCAUGCGGCAGCCUAUGGAAAUCGUUUCGACAGCGAAGACCUCAGCCAUGAGGCUCCCAGCAAGCCAACGAGAAAACCACAUCAAAAGAAGCAGAAAACCAGUCCCACUCCGUCGGACGCCACAAUGAUGCACAAAGAGCAUACUGUUACCUCCUUCAACCAGCCGGGAUAUCACGAAUCCGUGGAAUCACCUGCUCCAUCAAGUGCUUCUACCCUCGUGCCGCACUUGAGCUACUUGAUAUCGGGCUUGAAGGCCUACUGGCCGUUUCACAGCGAAAUGGCUGCAAGCGGUAGUCGCAAGGCCGCUUCCACGUCAUUUGUCGGGGACGGACAUAAAGGGAGGACGGCGACGAAGCGUAGAAUGUCUAACGGAAGAACCGACUUGAUGUAUCAGAGCAUAGACGACAGCUUGGACAAUCUAUAUCGCAACACGGCCAUCCCAGACGAGACCUUCGGUCCGGACGAGGAGCGGAUAUUCAUCGACGUCGAUCCCUACGACCUGGACGAAUCUAUAUUCGGGCUGCAGCACGGCGACGGCAUUAAGCCGACGCCCGGCGUAAUGGAGAAAGUAAAUACCAAGCACGCCACAAAGCCCGAUAUCGAUUAUAUGGAGCAGUCGCUGAAAAAUGUGAAAAGGCAAUGGCAGAAACCGGGAGACGAGUACAAAGGUCAGUGGAGUACCACGCCCAACAGUCACGUUCAGAGCAGAAUCAUGACCGUCGAGUCCAUCACGUCCCCGGAAAACGGUGGCGCGGACGUAUACUACGUCGCGAACUCCAGCACGAAAAAAGAAACGCUCGAGAAAGGGGACAGUUCUGCUGACGAUAGUGAUGAGUCCAUCAAUCAUGACGCCUAUGGAAACCGGAGAACUGAAGAUUCAUCCACCGUCACCCCCACAAUGAUAUCUAGAAGUCUCGAGGACCGAUUAAGGAUAGCGGAGUUGGACCAUCGUAGUUUAAGCCACGCGAACAAGACAAUCGAGUACAGUGACGCGUUCGAGGAAGAGUCCGAUAAGCGAAAGAUCGAACCAUAUGUGGAAAAUCACACGACAAAUUAUACCGCCGCGCGAUUUCCCGUUACCAGAAACUUGGAAAAUAGAGCGAGGGAAGACACGACGUUGAUUGAUGAUCGCAGGUCGAGCGCUGGAGACAAUUCCGCUGAAGACGCGGGAAACGUGUCUCGCGAUCAAGAGGAUCGUGUUGCAUUCAUGGAAGAAGCCUCCUUAAUUAAUCUCAAAGAGAUUUCUAGAGGACAACAUACGCCGACCGGAGAUACGCCCGCGAACGUUUCGGCCUCCACCGUAACGGCGGAAGGCGACGCGACGAAGGAUCCCGUUGUAGAAUCGCUCGCUGCUUUAGGAAGGGCUUAUAACGUAGCGGUGGAGAAUGCGGAGAAUCUGGUGUUCGAGUGGAUCACGACCGACUGGUCGAAGUGUUCUCAAACCUGCGGAGGAAGUGGAUUCCAGAUGCGAGGUGCGCAGUGUACAGUUCGAUCGAAGGUAGACGGCAACUCCACGCGCGUUACGCCGAGAACAGUUAUCGGCGCGACAUUGUGCGAGGACGCCGGGCAUCAAGUACCGCAGAAGGUGAGACCCUGCGGAAUGGGUAGAUGCCCUCAAUGGCAUGCGACAGAAUGGACUCCGUGCGAAACGUCCAGAUGCUUCAAUUGGAAAACGGCGAUGCAGAAACGGGACAUUAGCUGUCGUCUGGUGUACGAUACGGAGGACGAUCGGGAGAACGUCACGUUGCUGGAUGCGAGCAAGUGCGACGAAGCCACGAGGCCGUUACAAAGACAGGAGUGCUACAAUGACGCCUGCAAGGGCGUCUGGAGGGUCGGCGAAUGGACAGAGUGCACCGCGUCUUGCGAAGAAGAUGGUAUUAAGUAUAGGAUUCUGCAGUGCGUCUGGUUCGGCACGAAAAAGCCAGCUGGAAACGCCUGCAGAGAUAUACCACGACCUCCUGUAAUGAAAACGUGUAGAGGUCCGCCUUGUCCUCAGUCGCCUGAAGAUUGCAAGGAUAAUUCGCAACUAUGCAGCAGAGUGAAAACGAUGAACAUGUGCAAGGUGCCGCUGUACAAGAAACAGUGCUGCGCAUCAUGUCGCUAGAUCCGGGAAAGUAAUUGCAAGUGGACUCGUGUAAGGAUUAGACGUAAAUGAAUGACAAUGAAGAGUGCGCGUGAGACAGAGAAUGUAAAUCGUGAAAUUGGUCGAACAAUUAUUUCGUGACAUUAUGUAAACACAUCCGGGAUGCCUGUUGUUAGUAAAUUAUGUAACAUGCGAAAUGAGCGUGUCCACUGUGGAAUAGCGUUGCACGGUAUUACGAUGUCCGAUUCAUAGAUAGAGGAUAUCCGAGAAAGAAGUCGACCAAAUUUACUUCGCUGUAAUAGUUUCCUCGUCGUAUCAUUGCGAGAACUCAUUCACCUCCUUGCCUCGAACGUUCCUCGUGUAAUAAAGAAACUCGCCAAUCUUAACAAUUUCUAACUAAUUAAAUCAUAAUUUUCUAGCGUAUGUCACGUGUAGUUUGGCGCAAUUCUUUAAUUGCGCAAGCUCCUUGCUCCUAGUUAAAAGAAAAGGAAAAAAAAAAAAUGAAAAUUUGGCAUUCGUCCAAGAAAGUUUGAGAACGUUAUAUUGUUACAGUUCAAUGAGAAAAACGGCAGUAUAAAACUUAUUACUACGUUCUGAAAAGAAUAUUAUUGCGACGUAUCGUUGGAAACGACAUGUUAUUAAAUAUUGUCAAUGUUGGUGCUUUAAGUCGCACGGAAAAUGGCUUUAAGCAAAAUGAAAUAUUCAAAUUUUAAUAAAACGCUAAAUAUUGGGAAAUUGGGAAGCAUAGUUUGUGUCACAUAUUAGAGAUAUUCCUUCUUGAGGUUUAUUUUUUUAUAUCUCUCCCUCACAAUAAGAGCGUAAUCCAUUUUAUUGUUUCUGAACGUGAUAAAAGUCAUUCUUUAAGACUGAAACGCGACUUUCGUCUCUUCAAAUGCCAUUAUUCUUGGGCAUUAAUGUAAAAACGGAGUUACGUUUGAAAGAAAUGUUUAAUAUCAUAAAUCGGUAGAAAUAUUUAUUUCCGUUCUAUCUUUGAACAUACAUUUAAUGAUACGUUAUCAUUUUAUGCGUUAGAUUCUGAUAUAAAUUAUUUGUACGUGCGGACGUAAGAUAUAAUGUUAUUUAAGAAUAUAAGUUAUGAAUAAAUUAUUACGCGCCUAUAAGCGUCCCGUCGGGCGAUCUUAAGCCAAUAGAUCCUAAGCAAUAAAAAUACAUAAGUAUUGUAAUAUAAUAUUUUGUUAAUAAUCUCUCUGGCGAAAAUUCGUGAACAUGAUCAUUCCGUUGUUCGUUAAAGGACUCGACUUUACUUAUGUGCCUCUAAAUAUUUCAUCUUAUCUAAUCGUUACUAGUAUUUAUUUAUCGCGUAUUCAUAGAGAACUUAGUUAUGAAACUUAUAACUUAAUUAAGACCGAUUCCUUGUGCAGAUUGUAUAUUAAAUAUAAUCGGAGAAGAAUUUGGCCCCCCCUUUUAUACAUUAUAAUCGUAUUAUUUGACGAAUUAAUUGUAUCAUAGGCACUGACACUUUCCUAGAAGGCAUACAUCAACAGAAAUAUUCUUAAAAAUCAAUUAAAAUCUCUAAAAGUCUCUAACUUUUGUAAUUAUCGUUGUCAAUAUAUAAACAGAUUAUGUAAAAAUGCUAGUACAUCCUCUUGGAUUUCAUCCCCCGUAACGCGGUGCCUAUGAGAAUUUUCUGUAUCUAUAUGUUAAUAUAAUUUUGUAAAAUUGUGAACAGAUUUUCGCUACCAACGAAUUUGCCUCGACACAGCUAAGCAGUUUGCCAAAAGGAGCUGACAUAAAUGAGAUAAAAAUUAGAUUAUUAAAAUGAAGGUAAAAGAAGAUAUAUUACAAGCUACGUAAAUUACAGACAUGCACGCAUAUAAAAUAUGACUUUAUAUGUUGGUAAUGAAAUUAAAACAUACAGUGAAUAACUUCGAGUAACAUACACCGGAUGUAUCGAAAGUUGAAAGUUUUUCUCAGCCACGCACUCCUCAAUUGAGAGAAAACACGUGACUUUUAAUACAUCCCACAUAUGAUCACGGUUAGAAAAACGGCGAUGUGUCAUCAACUGACCGUAUCAUGUAUGCCUCUGUCACGUUUCAGUAAGCAAUUAAUUAAUAUUUACCUUAUAAGUAAUACAAUCUUGAUGUAUUACUAAAUUGAUACGGUAUCACUCCAGAAAUAAGUUAUAUUUCCCGGUUAAUCAAUGUAACACGACAACUCUUAAAAGUAAAAUGAGUUUCAACACGUACAUUUUUGUAUAUAUCACGAUGUAGGUAUGUAAAAUGGCGCCACACUUAGUAUUGUACGUAAGCAUUACUGUUCAUGAUAUCUAUGUAAAUAUGUAACUGCCUAAAUGCGAAUAAAACAAGAGGAUAUAUCACUGCACAAUA